ACAGAAGAAAAGGAGGCGCUGCUUUCUGAAACUCAAAUUCACUAUAUGUUAUUAUAGGCAGACAUUUGUCAACUAACCGCCUUAACUGCCCUCGUCCGAAAGCAGCUUGAGCGGCGGUGUAUGUCUCAUUUUGCCUUGAUAUAUGAUUAGAGAAUAUGAACAAUAAUUUAUGAUUCUUUAGUAAAACCAUAUUAAUACCUUUUGUUGAAAAAGGUAUAUGGUGGUGUUUUUUAAUAAAACGACUGGAUGGCGGGGAAUGAGAACAGAAUUUUAUUAUUCCGUUUAAAACGGCUCGUAUGUUUAGCCUACGAUGGAAACAAAAACUAGUAAUUUUAUCUUUUUUAGGAACACUGUUGUCAACGCAUGUUAGAUUUCUUAAAACAUUUUGCAUUCUCAAAGCUACUGCUUAUAUUCAUUUUAAUUAUGAUAAAAAAUAAGGUUGCUGUAUGUUCAAGAGUUUUCAUUCCAGAGAAUUCAUAGAAAGCAAAUAUUUCACUUGUCACUAUGCUUGUUGUCGAGCCACAAAAAUUGUUAGAAUAGGGUUUACAUGUAUGGUACUUCGUCUGCGAGUGAAUUAGAGAUUUUAUACUUUGAAUUCGUAGCAAUUUACUACGAAACGUUUGAGGAUUACGAGAUAUUCAGAAAAUAUUUUUCUACCUAAAGUGAAAUGAAUGACUUCAGAGAAUCUUGUACUCUUAAUCGGAUGCAAGAACGUUAUUGGGCAACAAAGCAAGCUGUUUUCAAAAAACUUGGAAAGAAAGAUGAUGAUUGCAUAAUUGCUAGUGAUGCAGAGUUGGAUGCUAAACUUGAACUGUUCCAAACCAUAGAAGAGUCUUUUUUAACACUGCUGAGAAUUCUAGAAAACUAUCAGGAUAAGCUAUGUGUGCUAGCUCAAGAAGAAAAUGCAAUGGGUCGUUUCUUAAAGGAAAAUGGCAAGUAUGAUAAGACUAGAGCUGGCAAAGUUAUGACAGGAGCCGGAAAAGCUCUCAGUUUCAGUGCACAGCAGAAAUUAUCUUUGCGCUUACCAUUAGUUCGUCUCUACCAUGAAGUAGAGACUUUCCAGUAUAGAGCAAUAGUUGAUACUUUGCAGACUGUGGAAAAAAUGGAGAAGGCUAGGACUGCAUAUCGAGGAGCUCUGAUGUGGAUGAAAGAUGUCUCACAACAACUUGAUCCUGAUACCUGUAAACAGCUUGAAAAGUUUAGAAAGGUGCAAAGCAACGUGCGAAAAACAAAAGCACGAUUCGAUAAAUUAAAGCUUGAUACUCUACAGAAAGUCGACUUGCUGUCAUUUUCACGUUGUAAUUUAUUUUCUCAAGCCUUGGCUGGAUAUCAAAACACUUUGAUUGCAAUUUGUGAAAAGGUUUCUCAUACAAUGACAUCUGUUGCUGAAACAACCAAAGGUUAUCAACAUUAUGAAUUCUCAAUGUUGAAAGAACUUACCGAAACCAGUAAAAAAUUGGCUGAAAAAACUACAGAAGAAGAAGAAAUUUCUUCCUUGACUGAACAAAGUAAAUCUCCAUAUGCUGACAGAGAUGUAUUAUUAUUCUUUGAAGCAGAGUAUCAAGAUGAAGAAAGUGAGACAGGCAGAGAUCUUCAAUAUAACAGUAAUUCUGAUAAGGAAAGAAUAUCUAGUAGCCCAUCAAAAAGUAUGUCAUGCAAAAGAAAAGCUGCAAAGAAAAAGUUACUGAGUGAAAAAGAUAAAGAUAAUGACUUCCCUUUGCUUGAGCUAGAUAAUGAUGAUGAUGUUAAAAGUCCACUAAAUUUUUCCUUGCAAAGUGAUCACAUUCAGUCUAAAGAUACUUCUACAGGAUCCUCUGACUUUUUGACUGGAGCUCAGAAUGAAGACUGUGAUAGAAGUGAUCUGGAACUCCUACGUGAAAUUUUAGACUCAAAUUGUGAUUAUAAGCUUUCUAAUAAUCUAUCAUCUCAAAUACAAGAUAUAUGCCAAGCAUCAUCUAUAAAUCAGCAAAUUAAUUCAAGUAGGCAAGAAAAUUUACAAAAUAGUUCUCAGGCAUCUUAUUUCAUGCCAUCUCAGUUGCUAGAUAUGAAUAAGAGUUUUAGCUCUUCAACAACUGAUAUACAAGGUCCUGUAAUCCCAUCAUCUGAGGCGGCUAAAAGUGUUGAACGGGGCCCAAUUGAAAAGAAUAAGGCAAAACAAGAUAUGUCUAGUUGGUAUAACUUGUUCGCUGAUUUGGAUCCCUUGGCUAACCCGGAUUUAAUUGGAAAAAAGCAAGUAGAUGAAAUAAAUUGUUAAUUGUUGUAAAGUUCAAUUAUUUUUAUUUUACAUAUUAUACAAGAAACAAUGUAUGUAUUCAUAUUUAGUAUAAUUUUAGGCUAGUCAUUUAUCUUUAUACUUUCAGAAAAUAGUCCACACUUCCUUAUGAUUAAAAAAAGGGGGAGAGAAGUGUUUAAAUCCAUGUAUUUCCAACCUAAAAAUAUUUUGUUUUGGGUUUCUUUCAAAAGCUUAACUACAAGUUAACUAAAUUGGAUUUCAGUUAUAAUUCCUAAUAAAAAUUAUAAAUUUAGA